AUGGCUACCACCUCAAAAUCUCCAAAGCGUGUCUCCUGGGCUUGUCCCUUGGUCAAGUCUACAUCUUCUUUCUUACCAAUUCAGCAGCAACAGAACUCAUCGUGUUUCAACAAUCGCGAUGCUCAUGAUCCAGUGCAAAUUUGUCGUCCAGCAGCAAACAACUCACAUGACAUACUGCAAGAUUCAACAUCUUCGCAGCCAGGCAGCUGUCAUGACAGUCUAAGCUUAAACAACGCUCUGAAAACUAUCACGCUUCCAAGAAAAGAAAGAGAAGCCUACGAAAAUCAGCAAAAGACUCGCGCCAGGUAUCAACAUCGUGAGGAGCAAGAGAAAUGGAGAUAUGCUCAGAGUCGCCUCGACCGCGAACAAGAACUCCUCUGUCGCGACGCAUUCUAUCAGGACCCCUAUGCUGGAAUUUGCUGGACGGCGACUUGCAAAUUUGUGGACGUUCUGGCUUCUCGCGACGUUGAACCCAAACUUGAACGUCGCUUCACGAAAAGUGACCUUCUUGUCACACUGUUCGUGAAUGGCGACUUCACCUUCAGCAGCAGGAAGUUGUGGUUAGAUGGUUUGCUAAUUCCUCUAGUGAUUGACUUCCCUCAAGUCAAAAACUUUAGAUUUGCAGUCUUCUUCUCACGAUCUCUAGUCGAGGAGAAAAGAGAAGUCCCAGAAGCUUUGAAAUACCUCUUUGGCACUUUUCGAUACAUGAAACGCACAGCAACUCUCCAAGGCGCGACCACUGAGAUGGAGAAAAAGUUUGUCAGAAAACAACUUCAUGAGAGGAGACGUGCUCGCUUUGACCAUGUUCAGAUUCAUGAGGAUAGUCUAAAGCAGGGAGUUUUGAUCGCGAAGGUUGAUGAGGAUGAUGUUAAUGGUUCUCCAAUGGAUCGGAAUUUGUUGGAGGAAGUCCCGAUGGCGGCUGGGUUGAGACCAAUUGAUAUUAGGUGGCCGAAGGUGAAAGAGAAGGGUUGGAAGGCCCCUAAGGAGGGUUCUGUUUGGGCGUAA